AUGUUACAAUAAAUGAGAUUCAAUUUCCAUUAACAGAUUAGAAAAAAUAAGAUCGAAGAUUAAUUAAAUGAAGCUAGAAAAAAAUUCUAUAACUAUGGUGAUAAUUUCAAUGAUCAAAUUAUUUCGAACCAAAAUUCUAGUUCUGAUUUUUAGUUAAAAAUUCUAUUAGAACUUUAGAACAUUGAAAUGGAAAUUUAAAAUGAUGAAAACUUCAUUAUAAGUUUAGCAAAAUCAAGGUUUUUAGAGGAGAUUGCUACACCUACAUUAAUAUAAAAUUUUAAAACAAUAAAUACAAGAUUAUUUGAGAUAUUUAUAAAAAUGAUUGAAUUUGCAAAAAGAAACAACUUAUUUUGGAUAACCCUAUAAUUUAGGCAUUCGUAAUUUUUAAACUGUCUAUAAUUUUUGGAUAGAACAAAAGAGUUUUAAACUUUUAUCAAUUCUUUGAUUUGA